AUCUCUGCGUGCGCGCUCAGUUUUCUCUCUGUCGAUUAUUCGAUCCAUGAUGUGACAAACCACAACAAACCAAAAGUUGCGCAUGCAGUUGUAAUUGGGCACGCGUUGCAUGUGAAUUGAAUAUCCAGUCGUCCGGUCAUCCAGCGACAUGAAUUCGAGGAAGACCAUAACCUUCGGCAAGAUAAGCGCCAAUUUAAGUAAACCGGCGUCCGAGACGUCCGUCGAGACAUCCAGCAUCGGAUUCGGCACCUUCGGUAAGAAGCGCGAGGAGAACAAUGUGAAGACGAUGGACGAGAUCAAGCCGGAGGACGAGGAGGAGACCCGGAGUAUGCAGCAGUUGAUGGGCAUCACGGGCUUCGGCAAGAAAGCCAAGUCCUUCGACGUGCAGGAGAUGAUGGAGAACAUCACCAAGACCAUCAGCAGCAAUAAAGCGGCCGUGGCCGAGAGGGAGAAGCCCGACGAGGUUGCGGAGUCCAGGGAGGACAAGGUGAACGAUGACGACGAUGACGACGACGACGAUCUCAUUGGUCCGCCGAUACCAUCCUUGUUGCCCGCUCCUUCGGAGGCAAGCAAAGAUUCGAAGAAGCAGGGUUGGGUAUUACCCAACCCUGCGAAGAAGAAGGACGAGAAGAACGAAAGCGACGAGGAUGACGAGGAUGACGACGAUAAAGACUCGUCGGACGCCGAAGAGGAAGAGGAAGAAGUAACGCUGAGAGACAAGAUCCCUUGUUCCCACGAAGUCUCGAUGACCCACGGCACGAAAGCGGUGAUCGCCAUCGCCGCGGAUCCGUCCGGGGCUCGAUUAGCGUCCGGAUCGGUCGACUACGACGUCUGCUUCUGGGACUUCGCGGGCAUGGACACGUCGAUGAAGAGCUUCCGGACCCUGCAGCCCUGCGAGAAUCAUCCCAUCAAGUGCUUGCAGUACUCCACGACCGGGGACGUGAUACUCGUGAUCUCGGGCGCGGCGCAGGCGAAGGUCCUGGACAGGGACGGCUUUGAGAAGUGCGAGACCGUAAAGGGCGAUCAGUACAUCACGGAUAUGGCGCGCACAAAGGGCCACACCGCCAGUCUGAACAGCGGCUGCUGGCAUCCGUUCACCAAGGAGGAGUAUAUGACAUGCUCGCAGGACAGCACUUGCCGGAUAUGGAAUUUAUUCAGGCCGCGCGCGCACAAGAAUCUGAUAAAGUGUAGGGCGCAGAACGGCGUAAAGACCGUGCCCACCACGUGCGCCUACAGCCGUGAAGGCGCGGCCGUCGCGUGCGGUUGCAUCGACGGCUCGAUUCAGAUGUGGGACCACCGGAAGAAUUUCGUCAACCCGUCCCUCGUGCUGCGAGGCGCGCACGCACAGUCCAGCGAGGUGUCGAGUUUGAGCUUCUCGUACCUCGGGCAGAUGCUGGCGAGCAGGGCCUGCGACGACACUUUGAAAUUGUGGGACCUGAGGUCGUUCAAGACGCCGAUCUUCGAAGCCAAGGGACUGUUCUCGCGUUACGACACCACGGAUUGCAUGUUCAGCCCGGACGACUCGAUGAUCGUCACGGGAGAAUCGCUGAACAAGGGGGAGACGACCGGGAGGGUGCUGUUCUACGACACUAAGACGUUCGAGCUGGUCAGGGAGAUCCCCGUGACGAAUUCGCACGUGAUCAAGACGCUGUGGCAUCCGAAAUUGAAUCAGUUGUUCGUCGGUUGCGGCAACGGCAUAGUCAAGACGUAUUACGAUCCGAAGAAGAGCAUGAGGGGCGCCAAGCUCUGCGUCGUCAAGACGCACAUGAAACAGAAGCACAUCGAGAUAAUGUCCACCCAGCAGAUCAUCACGCCCCACGCGCUUCCGCUGUUCCGCCAGGACAGGCCCAAGUCAGUUCGCAAGCAGAUGGAGAAGGACCGGCUGGAUCCGGUGAAAUCGAGGCGGCCGGAUCUGCCCAUCACCUCCGGGCAGGGUGGCAGAGUGGCGUCCUCCGGCGGCACGCUCAGCUCGUACGUCAUACGCAAUCUCGGGCUGAGCAAACGGAUAGAGGACGAUCAGGAUCCCAGGGAGGCUAUUCUGAAGUAUGCGAAGAUAGCCGAGGAGGAGCCGUACUGGAUCGCACCCGCGUACAAGAAGACGCAGCCGAAAACGAUUUUUCAAAGCGACGAUCAGGAUAGCGGGCCGAGUAAUAAGAAACAAAAAACCAGCUAGACUCGUAAUUCGCUUCAUUUACUGUAUGUACAUGAAUACACAUAUGUAUCAUAAUGUAAACAAAAAACCAGCUAGACUCAUGUUUGCCUUGUAUAUACGCACUGUAUAAUUAUAUAAUUAAUCGAAGAAGAAUGUUACUUUGUUAUAAAUAUUAUAUAUUAUGAGAUAAUAUUGUACAUAAUACAUUACAUUUGAUGUUUAGAUGAUAGAUAGAUUUUUUAUUUUACUUAGAUUGUGCAUAAUUCUUUAAUUUGUAUAAUUUAGUGGCUCGAUUAUUUUUGUAUAUGUCUGUCUGGUAAAUUUUGAUUACAUCAUGUAAUCUUCUUUUAAAUGAAGAACAUAUUUAAUUUAUAAGAAAAUAUAUUUAUUAUUAUAUUUGAAUAAGACUGCAAUCACAAAAUUGAUCAGUUUUCGGAUAAUAUUAAUUACAUAUAUCUUUCCUUCUCAUAAAUGAAGAAUAUGUUUACAUAAAAAAUAUAUAAAGGCUGCUUUCCUUUUCCUAGGAAACAAAUUAACACACUAGAGCACAUUCAAAUCAUAUAUCGUAUGUAUAUAAUCAAACCAAGUGUUGCAUCGCAUCGCAACAAGUUUUCGAAUCCAAUUGUAAUAAUUAUUCAAUUAGACAAAACGCACUUCGACUCCUCCCGAGAAGAGUCGAAAAGUGUCGAUUGAGCUUGAACAAAAUUGUAAAUGGAAAGCGACGCGUGUUAAAUGUAUCGAUUGUGCUUCUUAAAAAGAAAGUAGCUAUAUACCUUAGAACAUAUAAUAUAUUCGAAAUUUUGAGACAUUUUUUAAAUAUCUUCAAGACAUCAUUAUAUUCUCUUUACCGAUAUUUGCAGUCUCAUUCUCUUUCUAUUAGUGCUCCGUUUAUUAUAUUCGAAACGUAAUAGUUUCCACAUUUUUGAUAUUUGACACUUCUGUUCGCACUUCUUUAAGCGAUCAGUAUUGCGUGUUUAUUUACUUAUUCCGGUUUACGCGCACAUCAUUUGCUUGUAUAACCGCAUUAUAUAUAGAUCCAUUGUAAUAUCUCUGCUGCUAUAAAUAUCCUCCUAAUCUCGUUCGCUCUGUACGGCAAUCUUUUUGCCCGAGUAAACACCUUGUUUUUCCAGGAGGUUCACAAAAACAAAAAAAUUAUUUAUGCUGCUUUAUGACGCGAAUGAAUAGGACAAUAUUAGACAAAUUUUCAAAGAUCGGUCAGUAUCUAUGCGGUAAUCAAAAA